AUAUUGGCGUGUGGCGAGCUCAGUGCAGUUCGUCGUCGGCGACGGAGCGACUCGGAGCUAUGGCGGUGACAACUUGGAGCAUUAUCGGGCUGCUGGCGCUGUGCCACUCAAGCAUUGCUGGGUACACAAAAUUCCCACCGGGAUUCACUUUUGGCGUAGCAACAGCAUCCCACCAGAUCGAGGGAGCAUGGAACGUCAGCGGUAAAUCCGAAAACGUAUGGGAUCGUCUAACCCACACACGUCCCGAACUAAUCGCGGACGGUACCAACGGAGACAUUGCUUGUGACUCGUACCACCGUCUUCAUGAGGAUGUCGAGGAACUGGUCGCCCUUGGUGUUCACUUCUAUCGGUUCUCUUUGUCCUGGUCUCGUAUCCUGCCCACCGGCCGCAUCGACUACGUUAACCCCGAUGGCAUCCGCUACUACAACGAACUCCUUGACCUUCUAGCCGAAAACAACAUUGAGCCACUUGUCACCCUGUUCCACUGGGACUUACCUCAGUCACUUCAAGAUUUGGGAGGCUGGGCUAAUCCUAAGAUGAUUGACUACUUCUACGACUACUCGGACUUCUGCUUUAAAGAGUUCGGAGGUAAAAUUAAAUCUUGGAUUACCUUCAACGAGCCCUACGAAAUUUGCGAAGAUGCCUACGGUGAUGAAAAGAAAGCCCCGGCAAUAGACAGCCACGGCGUAGGAAACUACUUGUGCAGUGAUACCUUGUUGAAAGCUCACGCUGAAAGCUACCACUUAUACAAUGAAACUUACCGCCCCGUCCAAAACGGAAGAAUCUUCAUCUCCAUCAACUCCAUCUGGUACGAGCCCAGCGACCCGGAGAACUCUGAACUUGUUGCUUUGGCAGAAGUAGCCAAUCAAUUCAAAUUCGGGUGGUUCGCUCACCCCAUCUUCACCGUUGAAGGAGGCUACCCAAAAGUGAUGGUGGAGAACAUUGCUCGUCAGAGCGAAGCUGAAGGCUUAAGGAAACCUCGUCUUGAACAAUUCGACGCCUACUGGAUCCAGAGGAUCAAGGGUACAUCAGACUUCUUGGGUAUCAACCACUACACCACUCAUCUGAUCACUGGUGCUGGCGUCGACCCUAUUGCUAAGUCACCAUCUUGGUUGAAGGACAUCGGUGCAGUGACUACCAUGGAAGUUGGUGGAGAUUCUGCUUCUGAAUGGCUUAGGGUGGUCCCAACUGGUUUCGCUAACUUGCUGCGUUGGUGCAAGAUCUCUUACAACGACCCCCCAAUUUACAUCACUGAAAACGGAUUCUCUGACCGCGGUGAUUUGGAAGACUACGGUCGCAUCAAAUACUUCAAUGACUACCUGUCUGAAAUCCUUAAUGUGAUCAACGACGACAAAGUCAAUGUACUUGGAUACACCGCCUGGACCCUUAUGGACAACUUUGAAUGGAGGGCUGGAUUCUCUGAGCGCUUCGGGUUCUACUACGUGAACAUCACGGACCCCGCACGUCCGCGCACCCCAAAGCUGUCGGUGCAGUACUACCGCGAGCUCAUCGACAACCACGAGCUGCCGCAUUUCGACCGCUACAAGGAUCCCUCCGUAAGAACUGCACGCCGCUGCUAGCUUGCCAUUAUAUUCAUACUUACUUAAAACUAUCAAAUCUAUACCUAUACUUCUGCAGGACAUGUUUUAAACACAGGACAAAUAACAUUUGAACAGAGUUUUGUGCUCUUCAUUAUUGUACCAGCAUGCCAUGUCAAGUGCAGCAUGCAUGAAUCGGAAAAAGAUUUAUAUUCACAGUUUUAUAAUACCUUUACUGUUUCUGAUGUAGAGCCAAGCUAUAUUCGGUACUGUUAAUUAGUCUGUGGUUUGAAGCAUGCAGUAAAACAUUCCUGCAUCUAUUUAUUUCUCUGGCAUGCAAAAUCAAAGGCAACUUUUUAUGGCAUUUCGCAGAAUGGUGAAUAGUUUUCCUUGCUUGUAUCCUUGUUGUCAAGCUAUACUAUGUCUGCUCCAAUUAAACUGUUUCAGUG